AUCCAAUCAAGAUUGCUUCUUGGACCUCGAGGAAGGUGAGUCCCUUCCUCAUGAACUUCAUUCCAUCACCAUACAAAAAAGAGUGAUGAUGCUAUCGCCAAUCGCUCAUGGUAUGUAUGUCUCUUUGGAGCACUUAGCAUAUAGAUCUCUUAUCAGCAACCCUUGAGCUCUUUAGUUGAGCCAUGGCCAGCCAGGCAACUCUUGCCUCUUCCAGCAUCCCCUGCAACAUCAGGUUCAACAAGAAGCUAGAGUUUGCUGAAUUCUCAGGGCUGAGAUCGAGCAUCACCUUUGUAGGACAUAGAAGUGAAGCAUCCUUCUCAGAUGUGUUGGCUUUUGUGCAUUGCUUCGCCAAUCGCCAGGCAGCCAGAGCUGUUCCUACAAAGGGAGUGACAGUGUCAAGGGAUAUACUUUCCAACAUUUUAGGGAUUCCAGAUUUAAUCAUCUUCAAAUUAUUAGAGAUCAUAUCUCAAAAAGUAGAUCCGCCGCCUAGAGCCGCCCCAUAAGUAUGAAGGGAGGUAAAUUUAUUCAGGUAUACAGACGAGAGGCGCAUGGUAAGAUGAAUUCCAUAUAAUGAGUUCCUAUAAGAUUCGAUCUCUAGCUAUUAUACUAGAAACGUCAUACAUCGACCGUUGUGCUAUGCCUUGGGGCAACUUAAGGAUCAUAUCUAAUCUGACAAAUUAAGCAUUUUUAUUUAUCAUGAUCCGACAAAUUAAGGAUCUUUACUUAUCA